AUGUCUCAAUCUGGCUGCGUCGUCGUGGUCGAUGGUCGUCCAAGAUAUCUUCCGCAGGUCAAAACAGAUAUCCACACGACUAUUUUUGAUAUCACAUCAAGGACACAUUUGACCCAGCAAUUUGUUAAUCCUUCCUCGGAAAUCCCAAUUGACGAGAUCAGUUACGUCUUUCCCCUCUAUGACGGUGUCUCCGUGAUCAGCUUCACUUGCACCGUGGCCGACCGCAUUAUCAAGGGCGUUGUCAAGGAGCGGCAGCAGGCCAGGCGAGACUAUACCCAGGCGAAAGAGGAGGGGAGAGUCGCUGGCCUCGUAGAACAAUCCUUUCAAGCCUCGGAUGUUUUUACCACCACUAUCGGCAAUGUGCCCGCUGGUGGGAAAGUGGUUGUCGAAAUUGUCUAUAUCGGCGAGCUGAAGCAUGAUGCACAGACCGACCAAGUUCGCCUGACUAUCCCGACUCGUGUCGCCCCACGAUAUGGAUCUUCGGGCUUGACGACUAAUGGGAUGCACCCCAGAGAAGAAGGCAUAUCGAUGACAGUCGAUGUCGAAAUGCCCGGAGGGUCCUUCAUCGAGUCGCUCGCGUCACCCUCCCAUCCAGUUGUUGUCACCAUUGGCGCCCUGUCCACGGCCGCAGCUUCGUCGGAGCGCUCACUUAAUAAGGCAUCCGCCGUGCUGCACCAGACAAACUCUACUCUAGACCAUGACUUCGUCAUUGAAGUCUCGGCCAAGGGGCUAAUGGAGCCAACGGCGUUUCUGGAAGUACACCCCACGAUUCCCAAUCAGCGGGCUCUCAUGGCCACUCUGGUGCCAAAGUUCAACAUGCCAGUAUCAGAGCUGCCGGAAAUCGUAUUCUUGUGCGAUCGGAGUGGCAGCAUGGGGAUGAAGAUCAGAAAUCUUGUUGUUGCAUUAACUACUUUCCUCAAAUCCUUACCGGUCGGUGUUAAAUUCAACAUUUACAGUUUUGGUAGUUCGUAUACCUCUCUGUGGCCAAGGUCAAGAAAAUACGACCAAGAAGCGCUUGAAGAAGCUGUUACUCAUAUCAAUACAUUCAGGGCCGAUUAUGGUGGCACUGAAAUUUAUUCGGCGAUGGAUGGUGCCUUCAAGAAUGCCUACAAGGACCUCAAUCUUGAAGUUUUCCUGUUAACAGAUGGCGAAAUAUGGAACCAAGAAGCCCUGUUCAAAUUGAUCAAUGAUCAGGUGGCGUCAACUCGAGGCAGGGUCCGCGUUUUCAGUCUCGGCAUAGGACAUGGUGCCAGCUCAGCACUGGUCGAAGGUGUGGCGAGAGUAGGAAAUGGGUUUGCGCAGAUGGUUUCAGACAACGAAAGAAUUGACGACAAGGUUGUCAGAAUGCUGAGAGGUGCCCUUCUUCCGCAUAUAAAUGAGUAUACCCUCGAGAUCAAGUAUGGGCCAUCUGACGAUUCUCUUGAAGAAGAGGACGACUUCGAAUUCAUUGAACGAGUCGUGGACUCGCUUCAUCUUGAUACAAAUUCUGAAAAAGAGACAGUACCAGGAAAGACCUCUCAGCAACAAAGUAUCUCGCUUUACGACCCAACUGUGGAUAUAGGCAUCACUGAGAGCGGCCGAGACGCAAAAAGGGCCAAGCAUGACGAGUUGUUGACCGUGCAGGCCCCUCGUUACCUUCAGACUCCUACCCAGAUUCCACAACUCUACCCAUUUAUGAGGACUACUGUCUAUGUUCUACUUUCAGAUGCGACACCCGAGAAGACCCCAAAGUCAGUCCUCCUCAAAGGCGCGUUCCAAGACACGAUCCUAGAGCUGGAAAUACCUAUCAAGCAACUUCCCGAAAAGUCAACCACCAUUCACCAGCUGGCAGCUCGGAACCAGACUAAAGACCUUGAGGAGGGUCGCGGAUGGCUCUUUAACGCAGUGGAUAAUGAUGGGAGGUACUUGAGAGAUAAAUUUGAAAGCAGGUUUUCUGACAUGGUUGAGCGUGAAGCAGUCAGGCUCGGAGUACAAUUCCAGGUUGCAGGCAAACACUGCUCAUUUGUCGCUGUCGAGGAGCCCGCCUCCACGACUCCAGGGACCCCCGAUAAUCAACUAGACAGCACUCAAACCAACCUUUCGAGAACGGCAUAUACACGUCAAAACGUUGACCAGGUCCCACGGGCGCACGCUGCCUCACUGCCUGAUUACCAAUCCCAAAUCAUGCUGCUCGAGCAACAAAACAAGAAGAGACUCAUGAUGGCACGGCAAGAGCACGACCAUGACGUUGGCAAUGUGUCUCACCAAAAUGUCAGCUUCUCCGUCCCCUCGUCGAACAAUUUGCCAGGCGCGGUCGUCCCUACUAUGGCCAGCUUCCCCCCUGACUUUGGAACUCCCUUGGGCACGUCCGGAGCCUUGCACUCUGGCGACGUCUUGAACGACUUUGACUUUGAUUCAUUCCUUGAUGACGGAAGUGGCAAUGGCGAAUCUUUUGAUUUUACCGCAGCCUUCACCACCACUGAAGAGAUGGUGCACGAGCCGCCCCAGAGAGUCGCUCCAGCUCCUGCGUUCGUGAGCCCGGCCGCCGUGCAGGCCUCCCCGGGCAUUCACGGUCUUGAUACUAGAGCUCUCGGUCGCCUGCAUAGCCUCAUCUCGCUGCAGACAUUUGCGGGUUCCUGGAUUUUGGACCACAACUUGGAAAGAGUUUUAGGUAUCUCCAGCGCUCAUUUGCUACGCCUGCAUCUACCUGAUUCAGUCGUCAACCACGCGCAAAAGGACGAGAUUAUCGCGACUGUUUGCGUGAUUUCUUUCCUGAGUAGGAAGUUUAACGCUGAGAGGGGGUCGUGGGAGAUGCUGGUUGAGAAGGCUGACCGUUGGCUGCAGGAGCGGGUUAGGAAGGAUGUGGCAAUCCUCAAGGAGGCUCUUGAAUCUUCUCCUGUGGUCAACAUGUUCACUUGA